CGACGCCGCGGUUUGCAAAGCCCACAGGCCGACAGCAUGUCCUCCUCGGGCCCCGCGGCGGAGGGAGAGGGAACCCCCGACCCGCCCGCGUCGGAGAAGGAGCCCGAAAUUCCCGGCCCGAAAGAGGAAAGUGAGGAAGAGGAGGAGGAGGACGAAGACGAGGAGGAAGACGAAGACGAGGAAGAAGAGAAAGAAAAGAGUCUCAUCGUGGAAGGCAAGAGGGAAAAGAAAAAAGUAGAGAGGUUGACAAUGCAAGUCUCUUCUUUACAAAGAGAGCCAUUUACAAUUGCACAAGGAAAGGGGCAGAAACUGUGUGAAAUUGAAAGGAUACAUUUUUUUCUGAGUAAGAAGAAAACAGAUGAACUUAGAAAUCUACAUAAACUACUUUAUAACAGACCAGGCACAGUUUCCUCAUUAAAGAAGAAUGUGGGUCAGUUCAGUGGCUUUCCAUUUGAAAAAGGAAGUACCCAAUAUAAAAAGAAGGAAGAAAUGUUGAAAAAAUUUAGAAAUGCCAUGUUAAAAAGCAUCUGUGAGGUUCUUGAUUUGGAGAGAUCAGGUGUAAAUAGUGAACUGGUGAAGAGGAUCUUGAAUUUCUUAAUGCAUCCAAAGCCUUCUGGCAAACCAUUGCCAAAAUCUAAAAAAACUUCUAGCAAAGGCAACAAAAAGGAACGGAACAGUUCUGGAAUGGCAAGGAAAGCAAAGCAAACCAAAUGUCCUGAGAUUCUGUCAGAUGAAUCUAGCAGUGAUGAAGAUGAAAAGAAAAACAAAGAAGAGUCUUCAGAGGAUGAAGAUAAAGAAAGUGAAGAGGAGCCACCAAAAAAGACACCUAAAAAAGAAAAACCUAAACAGAAAGCCACUUCUAAAAGUAAAAAAUCUGUAAAGAAUGCUAAUGUGAAAAAGGCAGAUAGCAGCACCACCAAGAAGAAUCAAAACAGUUCCAAAAAAGAAAGUGAAUCUGAGGAUAGUUCAGAUGAUGAACCUUUAAUUAAAAAACUGAAGAAACCUCCUACAGAUGAAGAGUUAAAGGAAACAGUAAAGAAAUUAUUGGCCAAUGCUAACUUGGAGGAAGUUACAAUGAAACAGAUUUGCAAAAAGGUAUAUGAAAAUUACCCUGCUUAUGAUUUAACUGAAAGAAAAGGUUUCAUAAAAACAACUGUUAAAGAGCUAAUUUCUUGAGAUAGAGGACAGAGACAGAUGACUUGUUCCAUGGAUUUAAAGAUUUCAUUUAUACCAUUAUACCAGCAAAGAGAAUGUAUUUCCUUUUCUAAAUCCUUGCAAGCAUUGUGUUGGUAGAAUUUACUGCUGACUUUUUUAUCUUGGGUGUUAACGUAAAUUUGCAUUUGCCAUUUUUUAAAUUGCAUUUCUAUGCAGUUUUUAGUUUAAAAUUUUGCAUGGCAGUAAUUGUUCCUUGCUUUUAUAGUUGCAUUUUGUACAUUUUGGAUUUCUUUAUAUAAGGUCAUAGAUUCUUAAACUGUUAUAGUUUUUAGUGCAGUUAAUAUUAGCUUAAGACAUUUUUAAUUGACUAGGACAGAAACUAUUAUAACUGGCAUUUAUACAUGCAGAAACCAAUGCAGUAUUUAGUAUAUGACAUAUUUUGAAUACAGCACAUUUGUCGGUGUAAAAACUCAAUGGCAGUGUGUUCAUCAUAUUAAGAAUGUGCAAGCUUUAGCUGUCCAGAUGACUAAAUUGGAACUUUUCUCCUGCAUGUAUAGAUAUGUCAAUUUGUCAGCAUGACGAAAGUGACAGAUGUUAUUUUUGUAUUUUCAAAAACAAAUUGGUUGUAUAUAGUUUUUUUUAUUUCUUUUGUGAGAUCAAUUUUUAAACCCAUAUAGAUAGGUAUCUUUACAGUUAUAAACUGAAAUGUCAGUGUUCAGCCAGAUGGUAUUACAGAGCAGUGGAAGUCAGAAUUCAGUAAAGAAAACACUGAAGGACACAAACAGAUAGUUCUCUACUUUGAAAGUGUCAUCGAUUUAUAGUUUUAGUUUCAAUUCUGCAACCAUUGUCUGUAGACACAUUUUCUAUUAAGGAUAAACCAAAAUCAACAGAACUUCAAAAAUUUAGGGAAAAUUGGGAUUAAGUACAAGAACAUUUGGCUUAUAAUAAAUGACUGAUUUUUCAUUAACUGCUUUUGCCCAUAUAAAAUGCUGAUAUUUAGAGGAAACCUGGACCUUUAUAAUUAUGACAAAAAGUACAAGGUGUAAUGCCAGAAUUGUGUAGGCAGUAGUAUCUCUGACAAAGUAUUUCUCAAAAAUGGUAAGACUUAUUUUUAACAUUAAAGAAAUUUAAUGUGUCUGUAGAAUUAUAACUAUUGGGUUUUAAAUUUUGGCUAAUCAGGAUUCUAGGUGAUUCAACAUAUGGGCCACCCCUGAAUGAAACUAAUUUGUCUUUUAAAUUGACUGUCUUAAUCAGUUUAUUUUUAUUAAAUAAUUUCUGAAUUUUAAAACAUGCUGCUUGAGAGAAUUAGGCCUUUUGAUAAACCAGUUGAGUAUUUAAAAUAAAAAUAUCUUUGCAUCAUAGAACAGAAAUAUGUAAACAUCUGUUGAUUGUUAACAGGUAUUUUCACAGUUUUGAUUUGUUUCUUGAUAAAGUUGUUAAGAUGUUAGGAAAAGAUACACUUAAUAAACGAAUGAAAUAAACUAAGA